AUGAAUCCUCAGGUUUUUCAACAUAAGUUUGAUAAAUAAAAAUAGAGAACUCUAACAUUGAUAUAAAAAUUAGAUAAAGACCAAAGAUAAUUAGAAAAAAUAAAGUAAAGAAAUAUUUUGAGAGUUGAACGUUUGAUGUCUUUAAAUUAGAAAGAUUUAAACAAUCUCUGCAAUUAUAGUUUAACAACAGAUCAUAAGAAUGAAACAAAAUUUAGUUUUCAUAAUAGAAAAAAUACUUUUUCAAUCAAAUUAGAAUCCUUAGAGGAUUAUUUUGCUUUUAAGAAAAUAGAUAUGAAUAAUCAAAAUAGAAAUUAUUGGUAUUUAUUAUAUUUGAUUAGAGUAGGGCAAGAUUAGCAUAUAGAUAAACUUUAUAAAAUAGUGAUAGAUAAUAUAGAAAUAUUUGA